UAUAUAUUCAGUAACAGUCAAAGGUUUGGACCCACUUUCUAUUGAAUUGAAUGAUGUGACCAAACGUUUGAUCGGUUCUGUAUACAGACACAUAUAUUUAGAACCUUAUGUCACUAUGGCAGGCAGCGGCAGCUGGGGACAAUAAUUAUUCAGAAGAGCAAACCGAAGCAUUUCUUCUGAUUUCACUAUUUUACCAAUAGUGAGAGCGAGCUAGCAGCCUGCGACACUACCCAGCCUGCACGUGGUUGUGGCUGGUAGCUCAUUAUGUUACAAGCUGCGCUGCAAUUUGAUAGAAAGUCAGUGUAACGCAUGGGGAAAUAGUCACUGCUAGUUUAUAUGAAAACAUGCGAUUUAGAUUAAAUACGUCCUCUUAGGCUGCAACUACUUUUUAUUCUCUAAGGAAAUCACAUAUUCAGUGCUACUUCCAAUCAGAGCAGAUGUUAAAAAAGGCUGUAAAUUCACAUUUAAUAAGUAAAUCAAACAGUCUAUCAACUAUGGAAGCACUUACAGAUGCAGCUCAAUGUUUCCUUACUUUAAAUCAAGCUUUGCACAUUAUUCUAAAAGAAGACGGUUUCUCUUCAUUGACCCGUUUCAUCUCGUGUCCCACGUAAAUGAUUGAGCACCAAACACAUCAGAGGAAGUCAAAAUUGAGAAGGCCACUGCAGCCAGAUAAUGUUGGCAGCGGUUUGGCGCAGGAAUUCAGGAAGCGGUGCCUCCUAACUGAGCCGCGCUUCCUGUGUGAUAACUGAUCCAAACAUGUUGUGCCUCCGUCACACGCACGCUCAGAGACCGCUAUUCUGUUUCCACCGUUCUGAGGAUUCAUGAGGUUCAGUCAGACCACAGGACAGUUAGCAGCCCCCCCACCACUUCCUCAUCGAGAGUCGCAGCAGAGCGAGCGAAAGCGCGUUUCCUGUGACGCAUCUGUGCCUCUGGUCAAUUGGUUCACGUCCUUCUUCCAACUGGUGCAUCGUGCCGCACAAGAGAGCGGCCUGAUCGCGCUGGGAGCUCCCUGGUGGAUCCACACGGACCCUGGAUCGCUCCACAGGAACACACCGGACCUCCGUUACUCAACAGGCUUCAGGGGAAAGCUGCGAUGCCGUUUGCACACAGAUAAGGUUGCGUGUGUGCGAUUGAGAUCUUCAGCCAUGCUGCAGCAGUCAGACCUGAUCUUUGACUUUGCCAGCGACCAUGUCAAUAUGUCACAGUUGGGCAGUUACUCAGAUUACCCUCCAGUGAUUGUGGAGCAGGUGCCCCAUUCACACCUGCUGUCAUACGGAGGUCUGACGUACGAACAGACGGACCACCAGCCGCUGCUCAAAGUGGAGCAAUGUGAAAGUGGAGAGGAGGAGACCAUGGAGACGCUUGUUGCUGCCGACUCGCUCCUUAACAUGGAUUGCCCUGACACCCUCUCCCUGGAACACUACUCCCAGACCUUCUUGCCAUCACUGGGUGAUGUCAUCACUGCUCCUGUUACCCAGGUGACGGUGUCAGCGGACGGGAUGGUGGGAGCCUUUGACGAGCCACAGUGGCACUCGAUGCACACAAGCAAGCCGGCAGCACAGCUGCAGUCCAAAAAGAGAGGGAGAAAAGCUCGACAUAGAAGGGCGGAGUCUCCCACACCGGACAUUAUAGUGAAGAAGGACAAAUACAACAAAGGAGGAAACACGCUGUACCUGUGGCAGUUCCUGAUGGAGUUGCUGCAGGACCGACAGGUGUGCCCCCGCUACAUUAAGUGGACCAAUGCUCACGCAGGAAUCUUCAAGUUGGUCAACUCCAAAGCGGUGGCCAGACUGUGGGGCAAACACAAGAACAAGCCGGACAUGAACUAUGAGACGAUGGGCAGAGCUCUGAGGUACUACUACCAGAGAGGCAUCCUAAAUAAGGUUGAAGGCCAGCGCCUCGUCUACCAGUUCACCUCGCUGCCCAAAGAUAUGAUUUACAUCACAGAUGGCGACGGCAUCAAAGCGGAAGACGACGACGACGACGAUCACGACGACAUCAGUGGCAACGAUGAGGCCGCGAGUGACGACUCGGAUGCCAGCACUGUAUCUUCUAGUGACCAGUCGAUUGAGGAGGAAGACGACUUGCCCCCUCCGCAGAAAAAAACCUCCCUGUGCUCGUUUCGAGGCCCGGCCUCCCAGCGAACCAGGGCGGCGCCGCGGCCCGCCGCCCAGCGCGAAACCGUCCUCAGGCCCGCCAGCGCCAGCUUGAUCCAGGAGCAGCACUUGCCUAUAGUGUCGGCGGAGAUGCUCCGGACCCUGCAGAACCUGCAAAAAGUCCAGUCCCUGCAGGGGCCACGCCACGGCCACGCCUCGGUCUUCAAGACGGCUCAGAUGCUGGGGAGUCUGUGCGAGCGACAGGCCGCCGCUGAGACGGCUGUGGGCGGCGAGUGCGCUGACGAGACGCCCAAUGGAAAGUCGCACCCAGGACCCAAAGGUUCCAGAAUGGAGGCUCCACAGCUGGUGCCCCUGACUAGCUCUCAUCAGUAAGAGAAGCCACCAGAAACCGUCACACUCACUCCGCUGACUCAGGACCAGCUACUGUCUGCACACAAGGGUAUCGGCCUAGGAUUGUUUUUGUAUUUUAGAUUAUAUUAUGAUGUCGUAUAACUAAAGCAAUUCUAGAUCACCGCUUCCUCCCGGAGUUGGCAGCCAACCCUCAACAUCUAGCAGUUGCCUUUCUGAGCGCGCUUUAAAAGCUCGUGUGCUUUGGCUCAGCCUUCUGUCUCUCCAGCCUUUGACCACACACGACACCAAAGACAGACCUGCACUGGAAUCUACAGCCUCUCUGCACCUUCUGCAGAUACACCCUCUGCUUGCACUUCACCUCCAGCUGUCACGGAGCCAAUCGUCCGAUCAGUACACUGUGCCUUCUCUCUCUGCCUUAACUCUUGCUCUUUCUCACUCUUUAUUAUUGUUGUUGUUGUUUUUUCUAUCACAUGCUGAAUCAUUCCUCCGCCUUGAAAAUGGCUAUGCACUAAUGUUUAUCCCUGCUGUAGGUUUCUUCUCCUAAGUGCCUGACCAUCUCCGUCCCUCCUGUCCCUGCUUCCUGUGCUCCUGAUAAUCAUGCGGUUCUUGAGGGAAAACAUUCCAUGUUAUUGUUAUUUUCUAAGAUUACUGAAUUAUGUUUGUAUUGUGAAAUGUUGAAAACAAGGGAUCACUGUUAUUUCUAGAGUAGAAAUUUAGCACUGCGGAUGCCUGUAGUUAAUUGUAGCUACUGCUUUCCUUUUGCCGACAAUCACCAGUGAAAUUGCCUUUUUAUUUAGCUGCAUUGCCUUCUGUAGAGUCCUACUGCUACUAUUUAGCUUUUCUAGUAUUCGUACUUUCUCUUUAGUUAUUGCAUGUGUCUGUACACAAAUGCAUAUAUGGACCUCCAAAGCCUUGAUAUCGUCAUGUAUUGUGUGUUAUAUACUGUAUGUCUGUGAACAUGCUUGACUUGUUGCCAUUUUCUCCCUCAGGUUCGUAUAAAAAAAUAGUUUUACUGCACAGACUAUAUUAUACUCUAUGCAAGAGUAAAAAGCUGGCCCUUAUGUAAUGCAGUAAUGCUAAAUUGAGUGUUUUCCCUUCAGUUGUUUUGAGUGAAGUCUCACAAACCUCACUAAAUGAAAAUGUAGCUUUUAGGAUUCGAGCAAACUUGUGUGAGGCUGUGUUUGGUUUAGGAGAUGCUUGUAACUGCCUUUAUCUCCAGGGAACCAUAUGCAAAACUGUUUUCACUUUAUUACUGAUUGAGACAUUUAUUUGGAACCCCCUCGCUUUGCCUCAUCUGGAGAUCUUUUGAUACUGUAAGUUUCACUGAUGUUAUAUAAGCUUGUUGCAGAGGGAGAGACUGAGUUUGUGUUGCCUUACUUUGAUGUGUUUGCUUUCAUGCAGUCCAGAUGUAUUGAAAAGAUAAUGGUCUAUUAUAUAAAAUAAACUUAAUUUUGUUAUUGUCUGUGGAAAA